UUUCACAUGCAUCAUCCUACGUAAUCAAAUUUUUUAUACAAACAAAAUAAGCUUAAAUAUUUGCAGCCAUGGUUGGUCUUAACUAGGUUGUCCCAAAAUCGCGACAAUGUUGAGCGCGUGUCCAACCCACGCGGCGACGCCUCCAUGCUUCAAAUAUUCUUCUGAAAUUCAAUCCUCCGUCUCACCUCCUCUUUCUCUUCACCCUCACUCGUUCAUUCUAAACCCCGCCACGCGCCACAAUCUCUCACUCUCCACGCCACAAAACCACGCGCCUCCCUCGUCGCCGCCGCGUUUUGAUUACACCCCUCCCAACGAGACGCUUCCGAACAAUCUGUACCCCAAGCGCAGGAAAGUCGUGUUCGCACGCCAAGUGUUCGAUAAAAUUCCCAAACGAGACGUUAAGGCAUGGAGGUUUAGUAAUAUGAUUACCAGGUUCGCGCGCAAUGGCAUGAUAAAAGAAGCUUUGGACUACACGAGGUUGAUGUUGUUGGAAGGAAUAAACCCAAAUUUGGUUGUAAUGAUAGUUGUUCUUGAUGUUAUAGGGAAAGUUGGUGCCCGGAACUUAGGUAGAGAAGCUCAUGGCUUUGUGGUGAAGAAUGUGUAUUACAAGGAAUUGUCGAUUCUAUCAGCAUUGAUUGAGAUGUAUGGCAAGUGUGGCGAUGUUGGGUCGGGGAGUCGAGUUUUGUUCAGUGUGAUGAAGAGGAAAGGAGAUUUUUGGAUUGGUUUGGUUUCAGGGAGACUUGAGGUUGAAAUGAGGUCUGUGAUUCGGUUGAAGAGGUUCCGACCUGGUGCUUCUGCAGUUGCCUCUUUAGUUCCCAUUUGUGCACAGUUGAGGGCUCUGAAGCAAGGGAAGGAGAUUCAUGCUUAUUCUUUGAGACAUUGGCUUCUGCCUAAUGUGCCGAUAGUGUCUUCUUUGAUGGUGUUGUACUCUAAGUGCGGUGUGAUUGAGUAUUCCAUCAAACUUUUUGAUCAAAUGGAGAGGAAGAAUGUGGUUUCUUGGACUGCCAUGAUUGAUUCAUGCAUUGAGAAUGGGCGUGUGUGUGAAGCUCUUGGUGUCAUGAGGUCAAUGGCAUGGACGACCGAGCAUAAGCCGGACACUGUUACCAUGGCUAGGAUGCUACAUGUGUGUGGGGAGCUGAAAGUUUUAAAGCUUGGGAAGGAAGUUCAUGGACAAGUGUUGAAAAGGGGUUUUGCAUCAGUCCAUUAUGUUGCUGCUGGAGUCAUUGAUAUGUAUGGGAUUUGUGGAGAUGUUGAUAAAGCAAAGUUGGUAUUUAGUGUGGUUCCUGAUAAAGGUUCAACGACAUGGAGUGCUCUUAUUAGGGCCUAUGGGCAUAAGGAAUGGUAUCAGGAGGCAAUUGAUCUUUUUUAUGACAUGAUUUCAAAUGGUUGCUCUCCGAACCGCUUCACUUUUGAAGCUGUUCUAUCUAUAUGUGAUAGAGCUGGGUAUGUUGAAGAUUCUUUUAGGAUCUUUGAUUUGAUGUCAAGAUAUAAAAUUGAAGCAUCCAAAGAACACUGCACUUGCAUGAUUCGACUCCUUACCCGCUAUGGUAAACUAGAUGAGGCUCAAAGAUAUUUAGAAAUGAGUUCUUCCGUUGCUGAGGACAAGAGAUAAUAGGAUUUUCUCUGACUGUUUCUAUAGAUUGUUAACAUUCUUAAGCUAUGCUUAUUAUUGAUUUACCCAACAGCUGUUAACUCAGCAAAACCCUGUUUAAUAUAAGUAAUGAUCACAGAUGUAGGGAGGAGUACUUGAAUCCCUUCCA